CACAGAGCAGAACCUGGAGAAUGGCUGAACGAUCCGAAUUGGUUCUAGAAGCCCUUUCCCUUGGGGUUGUGAAUGUGAGCCCAGCAGACGCCACGGACGCUGUUGCAGGGGAGCGAGUCUGUGCUUGACACAUGUGUUUCCCAUUGAUAGCUGGAGACAGACCAGUAGCUCUGAGUUGGCCUGACAAAGCCUUAUUGAAGUACAGACAGAGUACGGUUUCAAAGCCGUCAGAGAAAGAACGGGAAUGCUGUUCAGGAAAUUCUUCAGGCAUGGGCAGGGACUUGGCUGCAAUUCUGCAGUUGGAAAAUCUGACUGGGGCAGCUUCUGAACACAGGCUGGGCCUGCUCACGCUCGGCGGGCUGAGCGGCCGCCUCCUUCAGAGCCUCUCGGCUCGCUCUGGGCUUGUGGGCGAUUUUCAUCAGGCGCUUUGUGAAGCAGACAAGCGAGAUGCCUCAGGAACAGUACACACACCACCGGAGCUCCAUGCCCAGCUCUGAGGGGCCACAAGUAUACAAGGUGGGCAUUUAUGGCUGGCGGAAAAGAUGCCUGUAUUUCUUUGUCCUACUCCUGAUGAUUUUAAUACUGGUGAACUUGGCCAUGACCAUCUGGAUUCUCAAAGUCAUGAACUUCACAAUUGAUGGAAUGGGGAACCUGAGAAUCACAGACAAAGGUCUAAAACUAGAAGGAGACUCCGAAUUCUUGCAACCUCUCUACGCCAAAGAAAUCCAGUCCCGACCAGGUAAUGCCCUGUACUUCAAAUCAGCCAGAAAUGUUACAGUGAACAUUCUCAAUGACCAGACUAAAGUGCUAACUCAGCUGAUAACAGGUCCAAAAGCCGUAGAAGCUUAUGGCAAAAAGUUUGAAGUAAAGACAGUUUCUGGAAAAUUGCUCUUUUCUGCAGAUAACGAUGAAGUGGUAGUAGGAGCUGAGAGAUUAAGAGUUUUAGGAGCGGAGGGCACAGUGUUCCCUAAAUCUAUAGAGACACCUAAUGUCAGGGCAGACCCCUUCAAGGAACUAAGGUUGGAGUCCCCGACCCGGUCUCUGGUGAUGGAGGCCCCAAAAGGAGUCGAAAUAAAUGCAGAAGCUGGCAACAUGGAAGCCACCUGCAGAACAGAGCUGAGGCUGGAGUCCAAAGAUGGAGAGAUUAAGUUAGAUGCUGCGAAAAUCAAACUACCUAGACUGCCUCACGGAUCCUACACGCCUACAGGAACGAGGCAGAAGGUCUUCGAGAUCUGCGUCUGCGCCAAUGGGAGAUUAUUCCUGUCCCAGGCAGGAACUGGUUCCACUUGUCAGAUAAACACAAGUGUCUGCCUUUGAGAGACCAUCCAUAGUGGACCUUGUUGGCAGCAUAAAGGCCAUUUUUGGCUUUAGACACUGGCUGCCAGCUAUUUUUACUAGAACACAGAAAGCCUAUCAAAGACCUUGUGUGUGUGUGUGUGUGUGUGUGUGUGUGGGUGUGUGUGGGUGGGUGUGGGUGUGGGUGUGGACGUGGGUGUAUGCGUAUGUGUGUGGGUGGCUAUAAAUAUAUAUAAAUAUAUAUAAAUAAAUAUAUAUAUCCUCUGUAUAAAAUGAGGUUUCAGUACAAAAGGAACCAUGGGUGACCCUGUGAUAUCCACCAUCAUUUCCAUUUCAACCCUACCACCUACAUGAUAAAAUCAAAACACUAAUUCAAGCCCAAUAUUCCCCAGACCCUUCAAAACCACACAGUGUAUCAGACUCUUACCGAAUAGUCAUCUACAUGUUUAAGCAGCCACGCAUCUUCCCCUUUAGUGUCAUUACAAGGCAGUGAUGGCGGGAAUCUCUAAGUCACACUCAAGCACUGAGACCCUUGUAUUGCAGUAGAUACUUCGUUUCCAUUUUUAGCUUUCGUAAGGCUCGCCAACUUCCCCUUCUUCAAGUUAGGGAUGGGGCAGCGCCAUAGAAGUUGGCUGUGGGAACUCAAAAUGGUAUUCUCCCUUCACAGCCGAAUGUACUGGGGCCUUUGUAGUUGGAUGAAUGUGGAGGAUGAAUUUUAGCAAAGUUUGAACUGCCCACCCAACUCCUGCUAUGUUCCUUCAAAAUUACAUAUUAUCCCACAGUCAAAAUAGGAGUUGUAAAUCAGCACAAAAUAGGAUAACAGCUGCUCCUCAGUCGGCUGGAAGCUACUCAGUGGCCUGACAGGAAAAGAAUAAAUGGGUGAUAUGUCUCUGUUUAAAGGAAAAAAAUGGCUCAAAGUCUGUUUCAUCCUCACUUGUGACUUUAUCCAGUGGACUCCAGCCUCAAAAUCCUUAAGAGAGGAACCCCCACCCCAAGAGAAACCAUUUGGGAAUGGAAACCUAAUUAAGAGGAGCCUAGAAAACCUAAUUAAUUUUUAUAUAUUUCCUGGGAUUGGUAGGUAAUUGGGAGACUUGCUUUUUUAUUUCUAAAGAUAUGCACAAACUCUAGCUUCAAUAUCCUUAUAUAUAUUUUUGUUGGGAUAUUUAUAUUCCUAAAUCCACCAUUAUAUUUUCUCCAAGAAUACUGACCCAGCAAUCACUGAUCUAAAAUACCUGCCCCCAGAAAUGGUCACUGGAAAUUAAUAUAAACUGAGUCAAAUGUCUCUCUCAGACUCACCGUGUCCCCAACGGCCCAGCGAAACCACUCCCCCAUACGUGGAGGCACCUCCCUAGUUCCCGCCAUCAGCUACCUCUCAUCCCUCCACCUUCAUCGUCAUGCUCCAGGGUCACCCUGGCCAGCUCUUGUGCUGGGACAGGGGAUUACACCAUCUCUGUUCAAAGAGGGAGAAAUGUGCCUAUGCCUUAAGUCAAUGCACUCAGCAAGGAGAAGCACAUCCUAUUUAUCUUGUUGUUACCUGUAGUUUAUUUUUGGGCGAUUGGAGGGGGAAUGGUUUAGUCAUGAGUGGGCAUCUUAAAAACUGGUAGACAAACCAGGUGGCUGACAGACAUGGACUCUCAGGAGCCCGUAUGGAGUUGUAACUGGCUUAGACAGUCCUGGAUGCCAUUUGGCAAGCAGCAGCCCCACAAUCCUAAAUGAGGUCAUAUUGGUAGGCCUGGAUGGCAUUUGUGUUUUUUUUUUUUCCUUCAACAAGGUUUUAAUUUUUCUUACUUCACAAGCAGAGAAAGUUUUGGAAACGAAUAUGAGGUUUGAUAUUUUUGAGAUGACACUCAAGCAUCAGGCUGAGGUUUGUAUACAAAGGAUGUAAAAAGCAAGCUGUGUGUUGUUUUAGGAGUGGGGCGGGGGGUGGGGAGGGGUGGUUUCCUAGCUUGACCAGCAGCCCUGCUGGCUUCCAGACCCCAUACCCCCUCCAGUCACUCCUUCUCGGUAUCCCAUGUAGAGGAAUUGAGUUGUUCACGGGCAAGACUACUUAGUUUGCAACACUAAGAGUCUAAAAAGGAAAACCCUAAAAACAUGUUAAGUUGCUCUCCGUUGGUAUUCUUUCCUGUAGGAUCAUACUGCCAGAAUCUGCAUGUACUAUAUACAGGGUUUUGCCAAAUAGAAGAAGCCCCCCUUGGCCCCGAGGAGCAUACCCUGCCCCGUCAUUCAAAUAAACAGUAGUAGCUGUGAGGCCCUCCAUGGCUAAUUACCUUAAGCCUAAGUGUUUUAAGCAGAGAGACCAUCUUUGUAUUUUACCAUCUCAAGUACACUAUCUAUGGAUGACAAGAAAACAGAAGGUUCCCUGAACCUCUUUCCUCUGAGUUUGUUCUAAUCGUUAUAUGAAAGUCUAAGAUGAGCCCCUUGGUAAUUUUAUGCCAAUAAAAAAAAAAGAGUAAUGGGAUCCCACUUGCAGAAUUUAAUCCUAAAGGUAAUCAGAUCACAAAUAGGAUAAAAAUAAUAAUAGCAAACCAAGAAUAGAAAUGAAGCACCUGUGGGGGACAGACAUAAUAAAAAAUUCUGGUUUUCAUUUGUGCUAAGUGACCACAGUAUGCCAGGUAAUAAGCAGGAAACUUGGCAUAGAUUAAAUCAUGUAUUUCAGUUCUGACUGCAGAAUUUGGUAAAAUGCAUUUUAAGUUCUUAAGUGUCUAUUUUUUUCUCCCAACUUCCUCCAACUAGAAAAUUUGUCCAUGGUCAUGAGAAAAAGUUUUAAUACUGGAAAAAAAAAUCUUUUACAUUAAAAUCUGAUAAACUUUAAUUUUAGAAAUUGAGAUUCUUUCUCAUCUUUAUAUAUAAUACCUUCUAGACAAUCACAUCUUUGAGGAUAUUAAGGAGCAGGGGGUAUAACAAAGAGUUCAAAUGAAUCGUCAAUAUUCUAGAAGUUCUAGUAUGCUAAUAUUCUUCAGAAGAUUUUUAAAAAUUAAAGUGAUCUCCAAACGUUUAGCCCUCAUUUAUAUUUGUUAUCUGUUCAAUAAGUCAUAAAAGUUCGGUGGUAACCUACUAACAUAUGACAAAGGUUGUCAAAAGCCCUUAUGGUGGCAUCUCUGUAGGUGGAAACUCAGUGUGAGCCUUUUUAAUUGUUCUUUUUCCCAAGGGAUAGAUCUUAUAAACUUGAAUUGGCUUUAACUUCCUUUAGGUCAGUUUCCUUUGGAUGGUUUUCAUUGUACAUCCAUCAAACAUAGACCAAAGAUUGCUUAAAGUUUAACUCUAGAGCAGGUGUCAGCAAAUUGUGGUCCCUAGACCAAACCUGGGUCAUCACCAGUCUUUGUAGAUAAAGUUUUAUUGUAACACAGACACAUUUACUCAUUUCCUUGAUGUCUGUGGCUGAUUUCAUUCUGUGACAGCAGGGCCAAGUAACUGUGUCAGAGAUUUCAUGGCCUGCAAAGCAUAAAAUACAAUUUGGAUCUUUACAGAAAAAGUUUGCCGACCCCUGACCUAGAGGUCAUUUGUGCCAUGUGUUAGACCUGGAAGGAAAACGAAUUCCAAGGAAGCAUGGAGUAACCCUACAUUUCCCUGGAUGCUUGGAAAUAUAAAUACUUGCCUACAGAAAAAAAGAUUAGCCCUACACUAUGUAUAAAAGUGAUCCACUUGUCUUAGAAAUCCAAGUUCACAGGAUUCUUGAGAAAAGGGAAGAUGGAAUCAGAGGAAGCCUUAGUGCAAAAGGAAAGCUGUGAUUCUCCAAGAGUUGUCUUAGAACCCUUAAUAGAGAGGUGCUUUCUCUGGUCAGUAUUGUGUAAGACAAGAAGAGAAGCAAAGGUCCUGUAAUUAAAUUUAGAAUCUUUCUCCUGAAGAGACUGUUCUGCAGUUUCAUAGGUUCCAGCUCACCAUCACCUGUUCCAGAAAAACGCACAUUCCAUGGUCCUCCAGAGAACACUUUUGACCUAACGUAUCUUGUUGACGUCCAUCACCUCAGUUAUUUAUACCUCCAGUGUGCUUGCCAUUCCUACAUCCCCACCAGGCCUGAAUGGUUGGUGGGACCAAUAAAUAAUGUUGAAAGAAUAAUAAGAAAUUUUGGAGGCAGCAUCUGAAAAUAUGCGGGAAGAAAAACAUAUAGUAAAAGUCUUUUAUGAAGGUGUUUUGAGGGGGAAACCAGAUCAAUACCAGUUUGAUUUUGUUUCCAAGGAGUUGGGUCUGUGUUCUUUGGUGUAGCAGGAGUGCAAAAAAAGACCUAUUUUGAAUUCUACCAUGUCUACCUCUGUGUAGUAAGGCAAGUUCCUACCAGAGAUUUCUCCCUUCAGUCAAUAGCCUAUUGCUAAGUCCAUACUUAUAUUCAAUAUUGUUAAAAUAGCAUCAAUAAUGAAUGACUCUUUGUAAGCAUGAAUGUUCAUGUCAGAAAGAUUUUUUUUAAGGAAAUCGACCACCAUUUAUCAGACCCUAAUCAAUGUCACAGAAAGAGCCCUUUUGCAUUUUAUCUGGAUUCAACCAAAAGGGGAUUAAAUUGGCAACACUGCCCUCCACAGAAGCAGCUCCAUGAGAAUAUCUUGCUUUUGUUUAUUUUAGGCAAAAGGUAGCAUGAUGUUUGGACCAAAGAGACAAACAGAUCCAUAUAAGCACCUGAUCCUUAUUUUUUUAAGGAUCUGUGAAAGGUGAGAACCUCAUUUAAGUAAGUUACAAACAAGACUAUUUGCUCUCUUUCCCCAGCACUAGGAAAUCUUAGGCAUAAAAGGAUAACGAAGCAGUUUCUGGAAUGAUACAUUUGCGUGGUGCUCCAGUAGCAGGUGGGGGAAAAAGUUAUAAUAAAAGAAACAACCUUAGAAAACAGGCUUUUUAUCUCAAAGAUAAAAAUGUAUCUCUUUUGGUCUUUUAUCACUUUCUCCUCAGGGGAAGGUUCCCCCCCUUCUAACAUAUUUCCAGUGAAAUAGUCAAAACUACUGCAUUGGGAUGUCAGAUGCAUCUCUUUCUUUGUGGCAAUCUGAAUUUAAAAUUGUACGGUUGCCUCUGAAUUUCUCAUUCACAAAGCUAAACCCACUGAUAGGAGAUAAAGCAGUCUGAAGCCUGCUGCUUCCACUAGCACACCACACACAUUAGCACUUUCUAACGCAAUGGGAUUUCUAUGGUUCUGAAAAGCUUUCUUCAUAAUGGAGUCCUUGACAUUUCUCAAGGCAGGUCUGAAUGGCAAAGGAAAAAUAAUUAUUUGUGGGAAGUCCUUGUUUUGAGUAUUGUUAGAGCACAAGUGUGGAAAAAAAUAGCAAGUUUGGGGUGACUCAUGCUCACAGAAGUUAUUUGCUUUGGUUUUACCCCCCCCCCCACACACACACACACACUUACUGUU